AUGCGAUUUGUGAAUCGUAAGGGUGUGUAUGUGUUGGAGCAACUUGGAGCAAAUGUCGAACCAGGUGCCAAAGAGACAAAUGCGAUUUACCAUCGCCAGUUAAGCAACUUAAAUAAUCAACCCCAUUUCGAACUUUCUUCAAACAAACAGAAUGGAUAUGCUGGACUCGAGAUGACCUCCAAGAUGGCAACUGUUCGAAAGAACAAGGAAGGAUUCACUCCAAGACAAGUCAAGGCUGCGAUGGAAGCAAGAAGUGCAAUGCACAUACUCAAUGCUCCAAGCACCAAAAGUCUGAAGUAUGCGAUCCGAUCUGGUCUCAUCAAGAACUGUCCUAUCACCAAAGAAGCGAUCAAUCAUGCUGAAGCAAUCUUUGGACCUGACGCCUCUACAUUGAAAGGCAAGUCAACAAGACCAACUCCGAAGAAGACAUACAACGACUUCUUCAGUCCACCAGAGGAAUUAUAUCAGCACAAUCGAUCUAUUACCGUCUGUAUUGAUCACAUGGAGAUCAAGAAUGCUAAGUUUCUCACCUGCAUUGAUACCACUAUUGGGAAUGAGAUGAAAGCUGAUUAUGAAGAGCACGAUGCUAUUCUGAUCGCUCGUUGCAUGAUGCAGAUCAAGGCCAAGUUCAAUACUGACGAAGGUCUGAACUCCAUUCAACAAUAUGACAUCAAUCAAGGACUGAAGAAGUUUGGUGAUGAUGGAAAGGAUGCUGUGGAUAAGGAAUUGAGACAAAUGCUCCUGAGAGAUUGUUUUGCUCUCAAAUUUGUUAAAGACAUGACCGCUUCUGAGCGAAAGUAG